UCUCGCACUCGCACUGCGCCUUUUCAUGCCUGCUGCUGCCUCUGCCUCUUUUUAUCUUUUUUUACCCCCUUGCCCUCCUUUUCUCUCCUUUGACGCAUCCAUCGCUAAAGCGCUCCAGCACAGCCUCCUUUGUCCGCUCACUUGCUUUGCAGUUCGUCGUCGUGCUCCUCCCGAAUUCCGCGGUCAGAGCUCCGCUGCGGCCGCUGACAUUUGUCUCCUCUGCCAAGAGGGGGCUGCUCUUGGAUCGUUGCUGGACUAGAGUUUAUCUACCGCAUUGCUCCUGGUUUUGCAGCGCAGCUUGUCUCGCCUUUGGCUUUGCUGCAUCUGUUCUGCUCCCAGGGUCUCUUGCUCUGUCCAGAAUCCAGAUUGGUUGCCUGAUUCCUAGACAACUGCAGGUUCGGAUCUUCGAGCGCUCAUGAGUAUUUCUUGAUCCCCUCUACUGUUCUGAGCCAACAAAGUUUCCAUCUUGCACUUGCUCUAGCCUGUGCGCUGAAGAAUUCUUGAGCUUGGUGGCAAAUCAGAAAAAUGGCCGAGGUGAAGCCUGAGGAGAUGGUCCAUCAUCCACCCAUGGACCAGCUCCAGGGUUUUGAGUACUGCAUCGACUCGAAUCCUUCAUGGGGAGAGGCAAUGGCUUUGGGGUUUCAGCAUUAUAUAUUGUCCCUGGGCACCGCUGUGAUGAUCCCGACAAUGUUGGUUCCUCUUAUGGGUGGCAACGAUAAUGACAAGGCCAGGGUGGUUCAAACACUGUUAUUUGUUACUGGGAUCAAGACGCUGCUCCAGACACUAUUUGGUACUCGCCUUCCAACCAUCAUGGGUGGCUCGUAUGCAUUUGUCAUCCCGAUCCUCUCCAUAAUCCGAGACCCCUCGCUUGCCCAAAUAGCUGAUGGCCACACUAGAUUCUUGCAGACAAUGAGAGCCAUACAAGGCUCAUUGAUAGUAUCCUCAAGCAUUCAAAUAAUUCUUGGAUAUAGCCAGUUAUGGGCAAUAUGUUCUAGGUUCUUUAGCCCACUUGGGAUGGUUCCCGUGGUUGCAUUGGUGGGGCUUGGCCUUUUCGAGAGAGGAUUCCCAGUGGUUGGGAGAUGCGUGGAGAUUGGUCUUCCAAUGCUUAUCCUAUUUGUCGCACUUUCCCAAUAUCUCAAGCACGUCCAUGUCCGGCAUGUUCCUGUUUUAGAGAGGUUCUCACUGUUGAUGUGCAUCGCUCUUGUCUGGGUAUAUGCCCACAUCCUCACAGCAAGUGGUGCAUACAAGCAUACGGCACUUCUCACCCAGAUCAAUUGUCGAACAGACCGUGCCAACCUCAUCUCUUCUGCACUGUGGAUAAGCAUCCCAUUCCCGUUACAAUGGGGCGCACCAACAUUCAGUGCAGACCAUGCAUUUGGUAUGAUGGCUGCUGUGCUGGUCUCUUUAAUAGAGACAACAGGAGCAUUCAAGGCUGCUGCCCGGUUGGCUAGUGCGACACCCCCACCAGCAUAUGUCCUGAGCAGAGGCAUUGGAUGGCAGGGUAUCGGCACCCUACUAGAUGGGCUAUUUGGCACUGGGACUGGUUCUACUGUUUCUGUGGAGAAUGUUGGCCUUCUAGGAUCAACAAGGGUUGGUAGCAGAAGAGUGAUACAGAUCUCUGCUGGUUUCAUGAUCUUCUUCUCCAUACUAGGAAAAUUUGGAGCACUUUUUGCCUCCAUUCCUUUCACAAUAUUCGCCGCCAUUUACUGCAUAAUGUUUGGAAUUGUCGCUGCUGUGGGGCUCUCCUUUAUGCAGUUCACCAAUAUGAACUCAAUGCGCAACCUCUUCAUUAUCGGUGUCUCACUCUUCCUGGGUUUAUCUAUACCAGAGUACUUCUCUCGGUAUUCCACGAGUUCUCAGCAAGGCCCAGCGCACACAAAGGCUGGAUGGUUCAAUGACUACAUCAACACUAUCUUCUCGUCCCCGCCCACCGUUGCCCUCUUUGUGGCAGUAAUCCUUGACAACACACUCGAUGUCAGAGAUGCGUCAAGGGACCGAGGAAUGCCAUGGUGGGCGCGUUUCAGGACGUUCCGGGGGGACAGCAGGAAUGAAGAGUUCUACACCCUGCCGUUCAACCUCAAUAGGUUCUUCCCACCAUCAUGAGCCAAAUUGCCAAGGUCAAGAUACCACAAUCCAAACUGUCAAAUGAAGUAAGCAUUGCCUAACAAUCUGGUUUGCUUUCGGUAGAGUAGAUGAGCAACAGAAAGUUGAACAAAGCAGGAACUAAUUCUCUGUUAGCCGUCGGUCGAUUGUACAUAAACUGAUUCGUUUCUGUUGAUCAGCGAUGAUGAACCAGAAUGUUGGAUUUUGAUAUAAUGUGACUUUAGAGA